GUGAAAAACAGUCAGGUACUCCAGGCUUGUCAGUCACUCACUGUCCCCAGGAGCACCCCACCUGCCCAGUCCCCUCCUCCACCAGCUAGACCUCAGAAGCCCGUCCAGGAGUGGAGACCAGAGCCUGUCAAGGUGGGCCUGCCCAUUCUGAAGCCCUCUUCUGCUGGAUAUCUCCACACAGAGUCAGAGAAGGUCGAAAUUUUCCCAGAAAGUUUGCUUGGAGAGCCAGGGCGCCAUGAAGGCCAGGCUCCAGACUCAGGGAUCUCAGAUUGGAUCUGCCAACCGGUGCCUAACGUGUCUGAGGCUCCCCUCCUGCCACAAGGCCUCAAAGAGGCCACGUGCCAACCUUCGGGGACGAGACCUGAAGAUGUGGAGAGAAGCCAUCAGGCCUCUGAGCUACUGCAGCAAGAGUCACCUCAGAAGGAGGGAUGGGGCAAAGACAGGCUUGAGAGUGAGGAGGAUGUGGAAGACGAUCUUGACUUGGAUGAGUCAUCCCAGGACUCUCCUCCCUCCCAGGCACCCCUGGCCCCUGGUAGGGCUGUCCCUCAGGCUGUCUCCAGGGAAACCACUGGCUUGCCUGGGUUCUCGGUUGAGGGUGCCAUCCCACUUCCUGUUGACUUCUCCAAAGUCUCCACAGAGACUCAGGCCUUGCAGUCAGAAGGGCCUGGCACAGGGCCCAUGGAGGAAGGGCACGAGGCUGCCCCAGAGUUCACAUUCCACGUGGAAAUCAAAGCCAGCGUGCCGAAGGAGCAGGAUUUGGAAGGGGCUACAUUGGUGGGGACCCCUGGAGAGGAGCAACAGGCCCAGGGCCCCUCUGUGGGAAAGGGUGCCAAAGAGGCUAGCCUUCUGGAACCAUCUGAGAAGCAGCCCACACCUGGCCUGCCGGGAAGGCCAGUCAGUCGGGUCCCUCAACUUAAAG